GAUGUUCUUGCAUUUCAGCUGUGAGGAAAGAAUUGGCAAUAGUUUCACAUCAGUCGUACCUGUAAUAUUCGGAUUAUGAGCAUCUCGACUUCAUAAAAGUCAUAAGACUUAGUAAUUCCACAGACCAAAUGGCGUUAGAUUUGUCAGCAGAAGAGAAGUCAACUGAGGAGUUACUGACCUUGUUUGACGAGAUGUUUAAGACUCGCUAUACAGAAGAUGACUCAGAGUACAUGGAGACAGUCAACACCCCCACCCCACCCCCACCCUGCAUCAGAAACUGGUUCCAGAAAAACAGGGGCAACUUCAGAAACAGAGGUGGUUACCAGGAUCGACGUGGAGGGCGUCACCAUGACAACAGCAACAGGGAAGGUCAUGGAUAUAGAGAUGGUAACCGUGGAUACAGGGAUGACCACCGUGGUUACAGAGAUGAUAAUCGAGGUUAUAGAGAUGAUAAUCGGGGCUAUAGAGAUGAUAAUCGGGGCUAUAGAGAUGAUAAUCGGGGCUAUAGAGAUGAUAAUCGGGGCUAUAGAAAUGAUAAUCGGGGUUAUAGAGAUGAUAAUCGGGGUAACAGAGACAAUGAUCGAGAGCGUUCUGAUUAUGGUGGUAACAACAGAGACCGUUACCGUGACAACCGCAAUUCAGGAGGAUAUAGGGACAGGGAUCAGAGAUGACCAUUGGACAAUCAAAAGGCAUUUCACUGGUUGGAAGCAGUUGAAUGAAGGCAUUCAAUUGGCUGGAAGGAUCCAAUUACAAAAUUUUCUUCCAGUAAUAAUUUUGUUAGCUGUUUAACAGCAUGUGCAUCUUUGCAUUCUUAAAGACUGAACUUUUUGUUUAUUGUACUAUGUUGUUUAGCAGAUGUUGAUUGUGGUAGAAACUUCACACAAUAUAAUAAAAGGCAGAUCCUCGAUGCACCUGAUUGAUGAUGUAUGUAACUAUGAUUAUUGAAUCAGAUAUGUCGCCUCGUAGGUGUUAUACAAUCACAGUAGAUAUGUCGCCUCAUAGGCGUUAUACAAUUACAGUAAUCAUGAAGGAUUUGAUUUAAUCAGAUCGAAGCUUCUUAAUGGUUAGGUCCAUUCAAAAAUAAAUAAAUUAUGAGAAAUUUGUCUAUUGUAUGUAUUUUAGCUAAUUAUAAGGUACAUGUAUCAAGGUUUUCAACACUAUAAGGCAUUUAGCCUGUGACUGAAAGUCAUUCAUUUCUGCUCCAACCAAGAAUUCGUUAAUGUUUGAUCAACUCGUUAAUGUCUGAUCAACUCGUUGAUGUCUAAUGAACUCGUUAAUGUCUAAUCAACUCGUUCAUGUCUGAUCAACUCGUUCAUGUCUGAUCAACUUGUUCAUGUCUGAUCAACUUGUUCAUGUCUGAUCAACUAAAGUCAUGCAGCAUAUCAGAGGAACAAUUAAUUAACAGCACCCCCAAAAUGAUUAUGUAUGUCACUCAACUCCGUCCUAAACUCAAUUUCUUGAAAGAAAAGUGCAUAAAUUUGAGGUCAAAACUAUGAGGCUCAGUAUUGACUUGAGGAAAGUUGGUGAUGGCCAGGCUUUGAUGGAUAGGAGCUGCAGAAUCUCUUGGUUGUGUAAGAAUUGUAGACUGUAUAUAACAAAAAUCAGCAUCCUUGCUUCAUAUGACUUUAUUAGGCAACAGAAAUGACUUAAAUUUACCUACUGUAUACAAUAUUAUGUAUUAUAAUCAUAAACACAUAAUGGUCAAGUUAACAAGUGUAGAAUCCAUAGCAGGGAGAUAUAGUUGACGAGCAGUGAUUCAGUUUCUGUACAGUACAUUAUACGCAUCCCACAUACUGAGUCAACCUGGAGAGUACAUUGCACAUGUACAGUACAAUACCAUAGUACAUGCAUACUUGUAUAAUCUAUCUAGUAGAAAUACUCAAAUACACAUAUUAUUUCUUGAAGAGAGUCACCAUGGUAAACAUUUAAUUUAAAACCAGUUGUCACAUUAAAAUUGAGUAAAUUAUGGAAAAGAAAUAUUUUAUCAAUUAUCAUUGUUACAUACAAUGUCAUGUAUAUUCUAUGUAGAAAUGAACAUUUUGUUCACUGUUUUUAAGGUACACUCUCUUUAAGGUACACUCUCCAUGGUUUGUAAACAGGUUGUUACAUUGAAACCGAGAACACAAAUCUGUUUCCAAGGGUCUUGCAUCAGUUUCUGAUGUCAGGGCCAUCAUGAAAACUGACACAAUUAUAAAUAAUGCUAAAAAUUAUUAACAUUGACAGUAACUGAAAAGUAAAAUCUGAAUAUUGAUGCACAUAGACAUUGUAAAUAAAUCUCCAAGUACUUUUAGGACUUUGAUUUGGAAAAAAAAAAUACACUUGCAUCUCAAAGGAAGAUGAUUCCAUUUCUGAUAAAGGUGCAUCAAAGUUUUAUUAUGGUAUAUAUAUAAUAUGAUCAUGAGAAAAUCCUACAAGUAAAUAAUGCCCUACAUCAAACAAGUUGGUUACCAGUUUCCUCAAUUUUUAGCAUUGGCAAAAUGGAUUAAGUUAAUAAGUUAACUCAAAAGCAAUUAAGAAGGUGUUGUAGCUCUAAAUAUCAAGAUAAGAAUUCAUUUUAAAUUUGUAAUUCUCUAUAUCAUUAUGCUUAAAAGAACAAUCUAAUUAUUAACAUACUUGUCUAGUUA